ACUGUGACAUCCUUAGCAACCUGACAGCUCUGUUAUGGUAGUGGCUCUGAACAAGAGGAGUCUGUUCAUAUCGACGAAGUAACGCGUGUAAUCACCUGUAAUUCAAUCCUUGGUUAUCGUGUAAUCUAUCGUGAUGUCGUUACAUUUUAGCGCUAACCAGUAUGACCAGGCAUUUGAUCCACAUCGUUUGCAAAACUGGGAGGUUCCAAAACAAUUUCGACCAAGACCAAGGGCUUUUGAUGGGUUCACUCAAAUUGUUGCCAACAACAGAGGUCAUCUCCUUUCAGGAGUAAAAAGGUCAAGGGAAUCUCCCUGGGGAAACUUUGUGGGAACAUGGGACAUGCCUUUAAAUAUCCCAGGUAAUAAGAUGAUGAACAGCACAGCCAGGACAUUCCAUGCACAGGUCAGACUGGAGAGAUGCAAAACAGAUGGAGAUAUUAUCAUCACAGGAAAACUAAAAAGGCCCCAUGUACCUGACCCACUGCCAAUCAAAGCUGACAGAGAAGCAGACAAAGGCUUAGAAGGUGUCCCUCCCAAACCCCUGGACCCUAUCACAUCCUGUCCUCUGGAUCCCAUCACUGCCUCCAAUGUAGCAGUCAAUGGCUCUAGGUCAGGUGCCAAAAACCCUGAGCCCAUCACUCGAGCUAGCCCUAAACUCGCCCCCUUGAGCCCCUCAUACCGACCCAAGACCCCCAGCUUAGGGGCAAAAACACCAAUAGAUUGGCCCAGACCAGCUUCUAGAGUAAAAUCAGCAAGUCCUAAAAUUGGGUCUCCAGAGCCUGAGUUACAACAGCUGACUGCUGCUAGGUCCCCUGUUAACUGGCCAUCACCCAAGUCUGUGGAACCAGAAAAAGUAGCAGCAUAAGGCUGUAAAAAUGAAAGGUUUUUUUUUAAUAUUGAAAAGAAUCUAGUACUCACAACAGAAAAAAUAUUUGGAUUGUCUAUUAAAAAUGAAGACACCUUUAUAAGAACAUUUUUCAAGUGGCAUAGUAAAAAAUUUUAUAUACCGUAUUACAUUUAUGCCUGUUUAUGUUUCAAAGCAUUUAUUUACCUUCUCAUGGUUUUCUGCACCAUUGUUUGAUACCAAGUAUUGAUUUUCAAUAUUAUUUAUACACCAUUUUGUGAUGUAAGCAUAUGUGAUGUUAGGCUGUUGCCAUGGUUAUAUUGUUAAAAAAACAUUGCAUGUAUUUUGUCUAGUUUAUUACUUUGUUAGUCCUAUAAAUGUGUUAUUUGUUGUUUUAUGCAAACACUUGAUUUUAAAUCUAAGCCAAGUUCAUCAUACUUUUAACAGAUUAAAAAUCUUCGAACAAUGAGGAUUACUGGUAGCUCUAUGGCAAAUGCCCAAUUUAUGUUCCUUUUACAAAGAAGUACAUAUGGAGAGAAAAUUCAAGGUUCUUGCAUACAUAUAGUACUAUUUUGAAUGACUUUUAGGUCAUUGAAUGUUUUUUAAUUGUGAAUUUUGUUUUUACGCUUUGUUUUAUAGCAACCUGAAGUUUUUUGGUUUUUUUGUUCUUCUAAUAAAUGCAGUUCUAGUUUGCAUUGAUGUCAAUCAGUCAUGUUAUAUACCGUAAGUUUAUUUUAACUUGGAAAUGUACUGUGUUUAGUGCUUUAUUAUAAAUCAAUCUUACCUGUAUGUACAAUACAUGUCAAAUAUCCCCAUCAAGCACUUACUUUCAUCAGUGUUAAGUAAAUAAAUUAUGAUGGUACUAUACUAUAACAAUUAUAUAUGUCUUAAUUUGUCAACCAUUAAUUGUUAUAAAACACUCAAUUCAACAUUGAAAUAAAUAGUGAUAAUAUUC